UGCGCGGACAAAGGCAGCGCGCGCCGCGAGCUGUGGCGUGUGGUCCCGGUUUGGCGUAGUUGCCGAGGGCGUGUGGGGUCGCCGCCGCCGCCGCUGGCACUCUCCCUUCCUCUUCUCCUGGCUCCUGGGAGCCCCUGCCCCGGUUGUUUUUAAGGACUAUACCGGAGGUCCUCGUGGGGAUCAGUGACUUACUACAGCCCAAUGAAGUGCAGUCCUGGGCUUCCAGUGGUUCAGCUCCACAGUGCGCGGGAGCAGCGUGCGGACGUCCAGACCGUGUCUCUCCUGAUGCCGGACGGCAGCAACGAGCCGCAGCUCCCAGUCAGCCACGCAUUCUCGAUUUACAGUGUUUCCAACUCACGUGUAGCAGCUGCUAUCAUUGUCAUUCCCACUGCUGCUGCUACUUGUCCUAUGUCCGCUAGUUGGCUGCUGCCAUUCCCACCCUGCCUCCCUCAGGAGAGGUGCCAUUGCUGAUCGUGGUGCUUGAACAGAGCCUUGGUUGGUGACAGCAUGACGAGUGAGGUGAUAGAAGAUGAGAAACAAUUCUAUUCGAAGGCCAAGACAUACUGGAAACAGAUCCCACCCACCGUGGACGGCAUGCUUGGGGGGUAUGGCCACAUCUCCAGCAUCGACAUCAACAGCUCCCGGAAGUUCCUGCAGAGGUUUUUGAGGGAAGGCCCGAACAAGACAGGAACUUCCUGUGCCCUGGACUGCGGCGCUGGCAUUGGAAGGAUCACCAAGCGGCUGCUCUUGCCGCUGUUCAGGGAGGUGGAUAUGGUUGACCUGACAGAGGACUUUCUGGUUAAAGCCAAGACCUACCUGGGGGAGGAAGGCAAGAGGGUGAGGAACUACUUCUGUUGUGGUCUCCAGGACUUCAGCCCGGAGCCGGACUCUUACGACGUGAUCUGGAUCCAGUGGGUGAUAGGCCACCUAACGGAUGAGCACCUGUCCGAGUUCCUGCGGCGCUGCAAGGGGGGCCUCCGCCCCAAUGGCAUCAUCGUCAUCAAAGACAACAUGGCCCAGGAGGGUGUGAUCCUAGAUGACGUGGACAGCAGCGUGUGCCGGGACCUUGAGGUGGUCCGCAGGAUCAUCCGCAGCGCGGGCCUCAGCCUCCUGGCCGAGGAGAGGCAGGAGAACCUCCCGGAUGAGAUCUACCAUGUCUACAGCUUUGCCCUGAGAUAAGCCUGGGCUGGCAGGAGAAACUGAGGAACCACAGCCCAGGUAGGGGUUGCUGGCAGUUGGGUGAGAUCCAGGCUCCACGCUGAUGGUUCAGAAUGUUGAGAGACCGCUAAAUAUACCUGUCUGCAGUCCACUAA